UGUUGCGGGCAAUCCCUCUGGUUUAAAAGGCCGGCAAGCAUGCUAGUACGGUUUGGGCGUCGUUAUCAUUCUUUUUAAUAUACUUGUACUGUACAUAAUAUUCAGGUAAAUUUAAAAAAUAAGAGUAGGCUGAGUUGCAAGAGCUUUGUCGUGAUGCUGUUAGAGAUAAUGUGCAAAUUUACGGUAGCUUUAAUGAUUAUCGGUCUAGUGACCGAAUUUCACGCAGAAUCGUCUGUUUUGGAGCAAAAACCUCUUGAUUGGUGGCAACGAGGGGUUUUUUACCAAAUUUACCCUAGGUCCUUCAAAGACAGUAACGGCGAUGGUGUUGGAGAUCUGCGAGGUAUAGCGGAAAAAGUAUGGUAUUUAAAAGAUCUAGGCGUGUCAGCGAUAUGGUUCAACCCAAUAUUUGAUUCUCCUGGCUUGGAUCUGGGAUAUGACAUUUCCAACUACACACGUAUCGACCCCCUUUUUGGAACUUUAGAAGAUCUGGAGUACUUGAGAGACGCUCUUCAUAAAGCAGGAAUACGGCUUCUGCUGGAUUUUGUCCCGAAUCAUACAAGUGAUGAACAUCCAUGGUUUCAGUGGUCUAUCAAAAAAGUCGAUCCGUACACAAACUACUACGUUUGGAAGGACGCCAAGAUGGUCAAUGGUCAAAGGAAACCACCAACCAACUGGAUAAGCGAGUUUGGAGGCUCCAUGUGGAAAUGGAACGACGAAAGACAGCAAUACUUUUUACACCAGUUCCACCAGAAACAACCAGACUUGAAUUAUGAAUGUAAAGAACUUGUCCAAGAAAUGAUGGAUGUUGUUAGGUUUUGGCUGGACCGCGGUGUAGAUGGGCUGCGUUUAGACGCCAUCAACUUCAUGUUUGAGGAUCCGCUAUGGAGAGAUCAAGAGCUGCUGGCGCCCGAUCUGGACCCCAACUUUUUCUUGAACUACAAUCGAUCAAGGACGAUGGAUCAGCCAGCCACAUACGAGAUGGUAACGAGAUUCAGAGAGAUUUUCGACUCCUACAGUAAAAAAGACGGCCGAACCAGAGUAAUGAUGACUGAGGCUUAUACAACGCUGGAUAAGACGCUGGGUUUUUAUCAGUACAACGGAAAGCCGGGAGCUCACAUGCCUUUUAAUUUCUUUUUCAUCACUCAUGUCAAUGGACGGUCGCCCGCAAAAGAUUACCAGAGAGCUAUCCAAGGCUGGAUGCAGGGCAUGCCAGCGGGACACUCGGCUAACUGGGUGAUAGGGAACCACGACAACCAUCGGAUAGCGGCAAGAUACGGUACGGAUCUCGUAGACGGCAUGAACAUGAUAGCGCUCUUACUCCCCGGGACCGGGAACACGUACUACGGGGAUGAGAUCGGUAUGGACGACGCAGCUAUCAGAUUCGACGAGGGUGUCGACCCACAGGCCUGCCAGUUCGACAAGGAUUGGUUCAAUCGCGUCACCAGGGACCCCGAGAGAACACCCUUCCAGUGGGACACCUCCUUGAACGCAGGUUUUUCGACGAGCAUGAAAACUUGGUUACCGGUGAAUUCCAACUUCUGGCGUUUAAACCUGAAGGACCAAAUGCAAAGUAACGAAAAAAGUCAUUACAAGGUAUACAAGAGACUUAUGGAUGUUCGAAAGACAGACACGAUGCUGUACGGAGAUGUGGAGACCUACGUGCUCGCCAAAUGGGUCUUCGCCUUUACCAGGCGUUUGACUGGAAGUGACACUUAUGUGGUGGUCGUUAAUCUUGGGAGCGACACUACAUCUGUCGAUCUCUCUGCUUUCAUGAGUGAUCUACCGGAGACUUUAACAGUCCACACGGGCAGUGUCAAUACCCAGUAUGAUCCAAAUGACAAAGUACCAACUGGUGUAUUUUACAUGCGACCAAAAGCCUCCAUCCUUUUAACCACUGCCCAAGAAGUGCCGCCUGCUGCAUAUUCGGAUUCAAAAACUAGUGGAGUCGCAACGAGGACAUCCACUUCAAUCGGAAUAAUUGUAUUUCUUUUCACUCAUAGGUUACUCCUAUAGGCUAAUGUCCAUUCCUUUUAUGUGUAUUUUUAUUGUAAUUUAUGAUAAUGAAAAUUAAAAAGAUGAAACAAAAGAAGAAGGAACUACCCGACGGAAAUCACCAAUGGCGAGGCGUGAAUGGUCGAUUAUCGAUCUUACCUCAUUUAAAGAUAUGGUAAAGAAUUGGUUAUUAGGGUGUUAGUUGCGAACAUUCUGUUAAUCGAUACUUUUCCAUGGAUUCAAAUGACAGAUUAAUCGAUAUAUCGCAAAUCACGCCACACCACUGGAAAUCACACAAUGGCUGUUGAGUGAUAAUAAGGGCGCUGAACAAUUUUAAUUAAUUCACACGAUUUCCAAGAUGGCUGUUAUCAAACGAACUACCUGACAAUUAUCCAGUUUAUUAGACUUUGUUCUUGUUAUUUUUCACUUCAGCUGUUGGCGUAAUGAUGACGUGAAGGUCGGUAAUGCUUAAGAUGAUGUCAGUCGCGACCAUUUCGUAGUCAGUUAAAUUGAAUUAAGUACACAUUUUUAUUCAUUUUUUGGGAAGUCAGGAUAUAAAUACAAUGUAGGUAAUGAAAGUGUUGAUGUAAAAGUAACCAUAAAAUUCCAUCCUUCAAAACUGCAUUAAAACUGAAAACAGCAUGGCUAAUAAUGUUAAUAUGUAUCAGCAAAAAGUAAUCAGCAUGCUUUACAGACCUAGGUCUAGUUGAACAUGAAAGAUUCGCACCAAAAAUGUAUGUCUUUCUUAUCUCUAACUUUUUAGAAACUUGGAUGGAGGGUCUAAUCGUGUGAUUCUUUGCAGCUUUUUGUGGUUUGUAAACUAUCGAAGUAGUGAUUGUCUUCUGCACAGUGCAAUUGUAUGCAAUAAAAUCAGUAAAAUUUAA